AUUAUUUGCUUUUACGGCUUUACGCAUGCGGCCAUGCGCGUAGAAGCUCAAGUAUUGUCUGCAGAUAUUUUGUAAAAUUUACACAUGUAUAGCGAUCCGUAAAGAGCUAAACGCUAUAGAGAAGCUACCGAAUGGCUACCCAGAAGCCUGGAGGAUGGGUUCAAUCCUUAAUCAUGCGCUUCGAUUCGCAGCUUCCGAUUCGAACUGGCUUACAUACGGCUCAAUCUAUCCAGAACGUCGAACAAAAUAAGGAAUGUUUGAUAAACGUUAGCAAGUACAAGUUUUCCGUUGUUAUUAAUGGACUUACGAAAACGUUACAAUCCGUUGAUUCGAUGAGAAUUUACGGCCCUGAAGCGGAGAGGAAUUUUUACGAAUCACAAAUUAUUAUUCUUGAUACCUUAGAACAAGUUUUAAAUAGCCAACCGAAAGAUACAACUAGACUAGAUGAAACGAUGUACGUAAAAUUGUUACUGCCGGAAAUUUGCAAGGUGAAUCAUUUAUGUAAGUUCCUGAAUAUAAGUAACGAGAGUCAGCUGGUUCUACAAUUGAAAAAUUUGGCCUCAAAAGUAUUGUUUGCUUUAAGUUUGAAUAAUUUUGGUGCCGUAUUUAAUCGAAUCUCGGCUAGAUUAGCUAAUAUUGCAACAUUAAAUGAGGAGACAACUGACCAUACCGAUUUGGAGUUGAUUCAACACAUAAACGUCGAUUGUGCUAGGCUAACAAAGUUGCUCAAUGAAGUUGUCAACAAGUUUAAAACACUUCGAAAAAAUGUCCAACUGAUUUUAGCACAAAGUUUGGAAAGAUCAAUAUGGAAUUGGAUGGAAAAUUAUCCAGAAGAAUUUACGGAACUGCAACAGCGUCCGUCCGAAGAAUUGGCCGAAUGUUGUGAUAAAUUAUUCGAAUUGUAUAAUACUUUUUGUGAGAGCAGUAUGAAAAGGAAGGCGGUUGUAUGGCCACUUCAAAUGAUGUUGCUCGUUUUAUGUCCGAAAAUCCUAGAAGAGAUUACGAACGCUGAAACUGGCGCUCCUUGUUCACCAAAUCAUGUUAGAAAAAAACAGUACAUAGAGGAGGUGAAGAAAAGUUUAACAAGCGGACAUCACGGUACUCAUAAACAGCUUACCGAAGGUGCCGCUGUUACCUGUGUCAAAUUGUGCAAAGCGUCCACAUAUGUCAACAUUAAAGAUCGUACUAAUGUCCUCUUCCAUUUGGUUCAAUCCGUUUUAUCAGACCUUAAAGUAUUACUAUUCAAUCCUGGUAAACCUUUUUCGAGAGGUCAGAGUUUAGCGAGUCAAGACGUUGAUUUAAUGGUUGAUUGUUUCCUUUCCUGCUUUCGAAUCAACCCGCAUAACAACGACCUUUUAAAGGUUUGUCUACAAACGCACGCCGUACCGACAUUCCAUUUCGUGCUGGUAAACGUUUUGUAUAGAAUUAUCACGCAACCGCGACUUGAGUGGUGGCCUAGUAUCGAGGUGAUCUACGGAAAAGCUUCCGAACUACGAAAUAUGUUUACCGAGACCCUCAACAAAGUAACGCAACAAAUGACUCACGGUCGAGCUGGCAUCUUGCCUUUUUCGCAGACUAUGAAAGACAAGGUCGGAUUCAAGUUCAAGGAAAAGAAUCCAGAUGACGCGCUAAGCUAUCGCUAUUUACUUUUGUGGAUGGUUAGACUGAUAAAUUCGGAUCCUCUACUCAUGCUACACAAUCCUGGGAAGGCUGGACACGAAGUACAAACGAGCACUUUGGAACUAAUAAACGGUUUGGUUUCUCUAGUUCAUCAACAGAACAUGCCUGACGUUGCCCAGGAAGCCAUGGAUGCUCUGCUAUGUUUGCACGAACCGGAAAUCAUCGAAAUUUGGAAUCCGGAGACACCGAUUCAUUCGUUCUGGGAGAUCUCUUCCAGAGUGUUAUUUUCCAUUUCGCAAAAGUUGAUUCAGCAUCAAAUAGUUAACUAUACAGAAAUUUUAAAAUGGCUACAAGAGAUAAUGAUGUGUAGAAAUCAAUUUCUACUAAGAAGAAAGGACUAUGCCAACACCGGCGCUAAUUUACGUAUUUGCAAACAAGCCCAGAUCAAGUUAGAAAUAGUAUUUUUUUUGUAUUUGUGGAGUAUCGAUAUCGAUGCUGUUCUUACUGCAAUGUCCUGCUUUCAUUUAUUAUGCGAGGAAUCAGAUAUUCGCUGUGGUGAUGAUUCAACGCAAACCCUCCCUAACUAUUCAGUGUAUGGAGAAUUGGCAACAUCAUCAACAGUUUUAACAACUGGACGAGCCGUCCUACAAAAGCGAAUUAUGGCUUUAUUGAGAAAAGUUGAUAUACAGACACUUGGAAAUAAACACGCUUGGGAAGAUACUUUUAAUACUUGGGAAUACGCCACAAAAUUAUUAACAAAUUACCCAAAGUCAAUAACAAUGCCAACCAGUUCGAAAACGGAAGAUCCAGCGGCGUCCGUGUCGGAGACACUUCACAGACCCGGAGGCAAGCGUAGGGGAGGUCAACAAAGCACAACCGACCACGAACUGGAGGAUCAACUUAAUGAGUGGGCAAAUAUGACAGGUUUUCUCUGUGCGUUAGGCAGCGUAUGCCUACAAAAGUCAUCCGUUAAUUCUUCCGUUACACCAUUGGUGACAACUUCAUCGAUAGCGACCAUCAACACACCCAAAACGAGACCCGAAAGCACUACAAACAGCCCAAUAGCCUCAUUAACAGAAACUCGCAAAGGGUCUGUUUUACAAGGUUGUACAAAUGAAUUGCAAUAUUGUCCCGUUACGCAAUUUAUUGGCAAUAUUUUAAAGUUGUUAGUUUGUAACAACGAAAAAUUCGGGCCUCAAAUUCAAAAGCAUGUCAAAGAAUUAGUUGGUCACGAAUUGAAUCCGAAAGUAUAUCCGAUUCUUUUCGAUCAAAUAAAGAUGCACGUUGAUAAGUUUUUUGAUUCCCAAAGUCAAGUUAUUGUCAUGGAUACGAAUACUCAAUUCAUCGAGAAUGUAAUUUUUAUAAUGAAGAAUAUUCUGGAAAAUAAAACAGAGCAACCAAAUGAGCAUUUGAGUAUAACAAGCAUAGAAAGUUUGAUGUUAACAAUCGUUCGAUACGUUCGACACCUUGACACAACAAUACAUGCUAUUCAAAUCAAGACAAAACUAUGUCAACUCGUUGAGGCGAUGAUGCACAGACGGGACGAUCUACCAUUUAGGCAGGAGAUGAAAUUUCGUAAUAAAAUGGUAGAGUAUUUAACAGAUUGGAUUAUGGGUAAUAGUCAUCAACUGAACGUUCAAGGCGAUAUCGUCGCUGUUUCAAGGUGCUGUAGAGAAUUAGAUCAAGCUAGCAUGGACGCUGUUGCUGCUUUAUUGAAAGGCUUGCCUCUUCAGCCCGAGGAGAGUGAUAGAGGUGAUUUAAUGGAAGCCAAAUCACAAUUAUUCCUAAAAUACUUUACUCUUUUUAUGAAUCUGUUGAAUGAUUGUUCAGAAGAAGCAGAAGAGAAGGUUACUCCAGAUGGUUCUAGAAAGCGUACUACAUCAAAUUUAAGUACCCUCAGGAACUGUACAAUUGUAGCCAUGUCUAAUUUGUUAAACGCAAAUAUUGAUAGUGGCUUGAUGCAUUCUAUUGGUCUAGGUUAUCAUAGAGAUCCACAGACAAGAGCAGCCUUUAUGGAGGUUCUUACGAAAAUCCUGCAGCAAGGUACUGAGUUUGAGACGUUAGCCGAAACUGCUCUUGCAGAUAGAUUCGAGCGUCUCGUCGAGUUAGUCGCUAUGAUAGGCGACAAGGGUGAAUUGCCCAUAGCAAUGGCUUUGGCAAGCGUUGUAUCAACUCCUCAUAUGGACGAAUUGGCUAGGGUAUUUGUCACGCUCUUCGACGCCAAACACCUUCUUUAUCAGCUACUUUGGAACAUGUUCUCGAAGGAGGUCGAAAUCGCCGACUGCAUGCAAACCUUAUUUCGCGGCAAUAGUCUAGCCAGUAAAUUGAUGGCGUUCUGCUUUAAAGUUUACGGACAAAGCUACUUGCGCGAGCUGUUACAUAAACCGAUUACGGAUAUGUUCGAAAGCGAUAAACAAGGCGUUUCCUAUGAGGUUGAUCCCACACGCUUGGACGAAAAUGAGAACGUAGAAGUAAAUCGCCAAAAUCUAAUGGCCAUAACUCAAACGGUCUUUAAUCUUAUUGUAACAUCCGCAGAGAGAUUCCCCGGUGCAUUAAAAAAACUUUGUCAGUGUUUAUACAUCAGUGUUCAAGCGAAAUUUCCAGAGAAAGCUGUAGACGUUUUAUCUAGUGUUAUAACGCUGCGGUUCUUCAAUAAAUCUAUUGUAUCACCCUGCGAAUCUGGUAUAAUAGAUCAACAACCUACACCAAAAAUCAAAAGAGGACUUACCCUCAUGUGUAAGAUUAUGCAAAACUUAGCCAAUCAUUUGCCGUUUACAAAAGAACAGCAUAUGAGACACUUCAACGAUUUCCUCAGGCAACACUUCGAAGAAGCAAGAAAGUUCUUUGUUGAAAUUUCUUCCGAUUCGGAGAGUGAAAAUUCUGACUCUAGCAAUCAUGGAUUGUCGUUUAUUAGCGAUGCUAAUGUUUUGGCACUACAUCGAUUAUUGUGGAUUAAUCAGGAACGUAUUGGAGAUUAUUUGUCAAGCAGUCGUGAUCAUAAGGCAGUUGGUAGGCGACCUUUUGAUAAAAUGGCAACAUUAUUAGCCUAUUUAGGUCCACCGGACCAUCGGCCAGUGAGUUUUGAUUAUCAAUGGAGUUCGGUGGAUAUGAGCUCUACGAAAUUCGAGGAGAUUAUGAGCAAGCAUCAAAUGCACGAAAAAGACGAAUUUAAAUCGUUGAAAAAUUUAAACAUCUUUUAUCAAGCGGGAACAAGUAAACUAGGAAAUCCCGUUUUCUAUUAUAUUGCAAGAAGAGUUGGAGAUUUAAAUGGUGAUUUGCUAAUCUACCAUGUCCUUUUGACAUUGAAGCCGUUCUACCAUAAGCCAUUCGAAAUUGUUGUUGAUUUUACACAUGCGUGUUCGGAUAAUCGAUUAAGACAAACUGAUUUUCUAUCAAAAUGGUUUGUAGUGAUGCCAGAGGUUGUAUACCAAAAUGUCGUUCAAGCCCUUAUCUAUAACUGCAAUUCUUGGGUAAGGGAAUAUACAAAAUUUCACGAUCGGAUACUAUCGCCUCUGAAGAGUAAUAGAAAAUUAGUUUUUAUCGAUCAUCCAUCGAAAUUAAACGAUUAUAUUGAUACUGAACAACAAAAACUACCUGGAGCUACACUCUCAUUGGAAGAAGAUCUGAAAGUGUUUAAUAAUGCUUUAAAAUUAUCUCAUAAAGAUACAAAAGUUGCUAUAAAAGUUGGCCCGACAGCCAUACAAGUUACUUCAGCUGAAAAGAGUAAGGUUCUAGGACAUUCUGUCUUGUUAAAUGACGUCUAUUACGCGUCGGAAAUCGAGGAGGUUUGCUUGGUCGACGACAAUCAGUUUACUUUGACAAUAUCUAACGAAUCUGGUCCGUUAUCAUUUAUACACAAUGAUUGCGAUGCAAUUGUACAAGCUAUUAUCCAUAUUAGAACGAGAUGGGAACUAUCUCAACCGGAUUCGGUAACAGUUCAUACGAAGAUUAGACCAAAAGAUGUUCCUGGAACUCUUUUAAAUGUGGCUCUUCUAAAUCUAGGCAGUUCUGAUCCUAGUCUAAGAUCGGCGGCGUAUAAUCUUUUAUGCGCUCUAACGCAAACUUUCGACUUAAAAAUUGAAGGUCAAUUGUUGGAGACUACGGGUUUAUGCAUACCAUCGAAUAAUACUAUUUUUAUAAAAAGUAUAAGCGAAAAAUUAGCUGUGAACGAACCGCACUUGACUCUUGAAUUUUUGGAGGAGUGUAUACAAGGCUUCAGAAAUUCAAAUAUUGAAAUGAAGCAUUUAUGCUUGGAGUACAUGACACCGUGGCUUCCAAAUUUGACUAGAUUUUGUAAGCAGUCGGACGAAGCUAAAAGGCAAAAAGUAGCAUUAAUCCUCGAUAAGCUUAUCACCAUGACUAUUGAAGAGGAGGAAAUGUAUCCCUCAAUACAGGCGAAGAUUUGGGGUAAUAUUGGUCAGGUAUCGGAUUUAUUAGAUAUGGUUCUCGAUAGUUUUAUCAAGAGAAGUGUCACGGGAGGUUUAGGUUCGAUUCAAGCUGAGAUAAUGGCUGAUACUGCAGUCGCUUUAGCGUCGGCUAACGUUCAAUUAGUGUCGCGAAAAGUAAUAGGAAGGUUGUGUAGAUUAAUAGAUCGGACAUGUAUGUCGCCCACACCCACGCUAGAACAGCACUUAAUGUGGGAGGAUAUAGCUAUAUUAGCUCGCUAUUUACUCAUGUUAUCAUUCAAUAAUUCAUUGGACGUCGCUAGCCAUUUACCAUUCCUCUUCCAUAUUGUCGUCCUACUCGUUUCUACUGGACCUUUAUCUCUAAGAGCUUCAACUCACGGGCUCGUUAUCAAUAUUAUACAUAGUUUGUGUACAUGCUCUCAACUCUCUACAAUUGGCGAGGACACAAUGAGAAUGUUGAAAUUGUCAUUAACCGAAUUUUCUCUUCCAAAAUUCUACCAACUAUUCGGUAUAAGUAAAGUAAAGAGCGCAGCUGUCAGCGCCUUCAGGUCGAGCUAUAGAACGGGCGACAGAUCGUUCGCCUGUAAUCCGGAUCAAGAUCGAAUGUCCCUGCAGUCAUUAGAAGUAAUUGUUGACGCCCUCCUAGAAAUUAUGGAGGCAGUUAUGAGAGAUGUACCCAAGUGUGAUUGGCUUCAACAAUGGACAGACUUGGCAAAGCGUUUCGCCUUCCAGUAUAAUCCAGCCCUGCAGCCGAGAGCGAUAAUUGUGUAUGGUUGUAUUUCAAAGAUAGUUAACGAUUCGGAGAUGAAGCAGCUAUUGAGAAUAUUAGUUAAGGCCCUAGAGAGUUAUACAGAUUUACAGUUGAUCGAGAGUAUAGUUAUGUGCUUAACACGCCUGCAGCCGCUAUUACGCUCAGAUUCGCCUAUACAUAAACACCUAUUUUGGGUAUCUAUAUCCGUUUUGCAGUUGGAUGAGCAAUCCCUCUACGCGGCCGGUUUGGCCCUAUUAGAACAAAAUUUACAUACGAAUGAUUCGUCGGGCUUAUUUGAUAAUCAGUCGCUUGAGAGCGUAAUGAUGGAGACGCGUGAACCUUUGGAAUGGCAUUUCAAGCAAUUGGAUCAUUCGAUGGGUCUAAGUUUUAAAACUAACUUCAAUUUUGCCCUAGUAGGUCACCUUCUAAAAGGUUUUCGUCACCCAACCCCUAAAACAAUAUCAAGGACUAUUCGGGUAUUGAAUACCUUGUUAGCGAUUGUCACUAAGUCGACGAAGCGGGAUCGCUUCGAGGUGACACCCCAAAGCGUUCCCUAUCUAGCAGCGUUGGUUUCGGUGAGUGAAGAGGUGAGAAGUAGGUGCCAUCUUAAGCACCGUGUUUGUCAUAUGUCGGAAUCAACAUCUAGCGAUAGUAUGAGUGCCGAUAUUCAUCCAUCGCCUUCGGCUAGCCCUCAAGGUCAACUAUCUCCCAGCGCUCCGCCGCAGGGAUCGCCAACCACCUCAUCAACUUGUACGCCUCGCCAAAAAUCAUGGGACAUGUUUGAUCAGAAUAUUGUGCAGGCGGCCACACAGCGGGGGAUUCAUAAAACAGGACAACAUGUUAUCCAGAGUUCUUCAGCUAAAUCGUGGAGGUAUUUUUCGAUAUUACGUAGAUAUAUCCCGAUGCUUUCGAUUUAUCGACUUUCUCGAUUUUCUCGAUUUAUAUAAUAUACUUUCUUUGUCCCGUAUUUUUAAAAUUCUACUGCUUGAUUCCUGCUUCAGAGGCUGCUCUCUCAAAUUGAACAAUUUAUUCAUUUUCUCUUUCUUUCUCCCAAAAAAAAAUCAUAUAGAUCUCUCGACCUGGAUCCUGUUAUAUCGACACGUCCACCGCCGAAAACACAAAGAUCGUCGUCUGUACCAACCCCGUGUAGAGGACACAAACAUCAUGAACUAAAGGAUCAAGGGAAUAGAGGAUCAGUUUCGAACGAGAAUAAUAUUCUAUUGGAUCCGGACAUACUCACCGAUCAUACAACUCAGGCGUUACUCUUAACCGUAUUAGCGACUCUUGUAAGGAAUACGACGGACGAGAAUGAAGCCAGAAUCUUAUACGAAUAUUUGGCCGAAGCGUCUGUUGUUUUUCCUAAAGUAUUUCCAGUUAUACAUUCUCUUCUGGAUGCAAAGAUCAACAACGUUUUAUCUCUUUGCCACGAUCAAGCUAUUUUAAAUUCUGUACAUAAUAUUAUUCAAAAUAUGAUUGCCUGCGAAGAUGCUAACGCUAAUCAGCUAAGUUAUUUACAAAGUUGUGGAUUCGGUGGUUUGUGGAGAUUUGCCGGAAGUUUUGCCAAACAAGCGGGUCUGUCGAAAGAUGAUCGAUUGAAGAUGCACUUCAUUCUACUUCAGCUCUGUUUUCCAAAUAAUAACGAAUACGAAGAAAAUGGGUACGCAGAAUCAAGAUAAUGCUGAAUUGUUUGUAAACUGCCUAGAAGCAAUGGUAGAAAUGUGCCUUCCGGGCGACGAUGUUGAUGUGCAAGAUCCAUAUCCAUCGUUGCUCGACAUCGUAACUCAUCUCAAUUUAUCCUCGUCUAUGUCGUCGCUAAGUAUUGGAUCCGUGCAUUCACCCACCGAUAAGGAUUCGGUUAUUGAUAACGCUUCGGUGGCAAGGCUCCAUCGUUCUAGUCAGCAACCGACCGGCGCAGCAAAAAGGGCUGGAAGUGUAAAAAGAAAAACGAAUAAAAAGUGUUCGACGCCCGACGGCGGACGGUUUCAGUAAAAACGAUCUCAAAACAUAUCUGUCGUUCUAGUCCGUUUGCUUUUAUUCGUUUGGCUGUUUUGAUAUUUUUUAUUGUACGUUCGAUGUUUUCGAUCAUUAAAGCAUUUUCUCGUUCUUUUUCCGAAUGUAUUGAAAAAAAACAACAACAAAACAAAACAUAUAUGAUAACAAUGAUACCUUUAUAAGCGGACGGUUUCCAUUUUGCUUUUUAUUCUUUUACUGUAUAAAUGUAUACCUUUGUAUACUGGAUAUAUUAGGUAUAUACUUAUAGACAGUGUAUAUAUAUACACUUAAUCGUUUUCCUUAAAACUUACAAACAACUAAUCUUUAACAAUCCUAUGUAUUAUAUAUAUAUAUAAACUUUGUAUAUAAAAGAAGAAAACCUACAGAAAUCAAUUGAACAACAAACGUAUUUUAGCUUUGUAAAAUUUUUAUUUAGAUACUCUCUCUCUCUCUCUCUCCCAAUGUAAAUGAGUAAUUUUGAAAAGCUAAAUCGUCCUGACGUAGUAUUAUAUGACAAUAAUCACCAUAAAGUUAUGUUUUACUUAGGCUCAUUGUUUGUAAGAAGCAACCAACGACUAGGAAAUAGUUCACACUGGUAGUACUUUGCCUCUUUUUAUAUAUAUAUAUAUAUAUAUAUGUAUAUAUAGACAAAGAGAGAGAGAAAGAUAAAUAUACAGUUCAUAUGUACAUACAUAAAUAAGUUAUAACAUCACAUUCGCUUAAUAUUAAAACAAGUUUGCAUAUAAUUUACAAGAGCAAGAUUAUAUAAAAUACAAUAAAUCUUCAUUGAGGAAAAAAGGAAUUAAAUAGGUGGAUUUCAUUGCAGAGAAAAGGAGAGAAAAGCAUAAAUUUGCAAUAUUUUAUGAAAAUAUAAAUUGAAUAUUUUAAAAAAAUGAAUAUAGUAAACAAAAAAGUCUAAAACUGUAUUAGUGGAUGCUCUAAUAGGAUUAAUAGAGAGAGAGGGAGAGAGAGAAAGAGAGAGGAAAAGACAGUGAGCGUCAAAAGAAUUAAGAAAGAAAGGAAGAGGAAGAGAGAGAGAGAGAGAGAGAGAGAGAGA